AUGGAUGAGUGCAAGUAUCUUGUCGUUGGAGGAGGCAUUGCUGGUGUCACAUGUGCUGAGCAGUUAUCUCAAAUGUCACCCGACUCUAGCAUUACAUUAUUGUCUGCUUCUGAUGUCAUCAAGUCGGUAGCAAACUUGAAAUACGUUACUCGUGUUCUGACUGACUUUGAUGUGGAAGAACAGUCGGCAUCAGUGCUUGCUGUGAGUUGCCCCAAUGUCAAAGUAGUCUUGUCAAAGCUGGUUGGUCUAGAUCCCACUGCUCAUACUGCAGUGGCUAGUGAUGGUCAGGUGUUUAAAUAUGGUAAAUUGUGUUUAUGUAUGGGUGGAAGUCCAAAGCUGUUUGGCGAAAGCAAUGAAUAUUGUCUGACUAUUCGUGACACGGACAGUGUUAAGGAAUUUCAAAGGAAAUUGAGUACAGCCAGGAGGGUAGUGUUGGUUGGGAAUGGAGGAAUUGCAACAGAGUUAGCAUACGAAAUCAGUAACUGUGACGUAAUUUGGGUUAUUAAGGACAAGUUUAUUAGUCGUACAUUUAUUGAUGCCGGAGCUGCAGAAUUCUUUUUGCCUCUCCUCACAAGUAGAGACAUUGAUAGAAGAGAACCAGGACCUGUAAAACGAAUGAAGUAUACAGUAACAGAAUAUACUGAUUAUGAACAGAAGAAUGCAGCUCAUAGAGGUCCUCCGCCAAUGGUAAUGAUUGCCACUCGUCAAGGAGUGAUGUCAAGUCGAUCAGCUGCUUAUUCUGCAAGUGGAUCGGGAGAAGUUAGAAAGGAUGGAGUUCAAGGAGGAGCAUUGGGACCUGAUUGGACUAGCGAAUUGGCAAUGGCUGGUUCUGUAAAGGAGUGUUUUAGGCAUGUAACAGUAGAGUAUGAGAGCGAGGUGUCUCAGUUAUUCAAUUGUCAAGAUUUUAAAGCGUCAAAGUUAUUUGAGUUGUAUCCUUUGGAUCAUAAUGACAGAUACAACUCUGUACAUGAUUGGCAUGUGUAUGUGAAGCUAACAACUGGCAAAGUCAUUGGCUGUGACUUUGUUGUGUCUGCUACUGGCACAUCCCCUAAUACUCCAUGCUUAUCAACAAUUGCUCCAUUUGAGGUGUGUGAAGAGAAGGGGUUGUAUGUGGACCAUCAAAUGAGGACAAACAUAAAUGAUGUAUAUGCAGCGGGGGAUAUUUGCACGCCACGUUGGGAGUGGGCUGCUCAUUGGUUUCAAAUGCGAUUAUGGAGCCAAGCUCGGCAGAUGGGAGCCUAUGCAGCCAAGUGUAUGAUGAUGAAUGAUUCUGGUGAUGAAAGCCCGAUGGACUUCUGUUUUGAACUGUUUGCUCAUAUUACAAAUUUUUUUGGAUUCAAGGUUGUACUGUUGGGUAAAUACAAUGCACAAGGCUUAGGGAAUGACUAUGAACUUCUUCUCAGAUGCACUCCAGGGCAAGAAUAUGUUAAAGUUGUAUUACAAGAUGGUCGCAUGCAAGGUGCAAUUUUAAUUGGAGAGGCAGACUUAGAGGAAACAUUUGAGAAUUUGAUAUUGAAUCAGAUGGAUUUGAGCAGAUACGGAGAGUCUUUGCUUGAUCCAAACAUUGAUAUUGAAGAUUAUUUUGACUGAUUUAUAAUACUGUAUUAUGGUACUGCUACAACCCUGUAUGGUAAGGCACUUAUUUAAUUAAUUGAUUAAUAUGACAAUUAAUACCAUACGUUUUUGAUGAAGCAAGUGGCAGACUUGAAA